AUGUUUAAUAUGACUGAACCUGUGACGGAGAAAGUUAUUCGUGAGAAGUUAGAGGCUUCAGGUGAAUUGGGAAAAAUGCGAGCAAUGGUGAUUGAUGCCGCAAUCAGUUCUUUUUCCAAUGAUGCAGAAAAGUCUGCCAAGUUGUUUAUGCCUAGUCCUGUACUACAGGCAUCAAAAGAAACUUUGGAGGGUCGACAGGCUCUUGGUAUCCUUUCAGAAUACCUGGAGUACUUGGGUUUAACAUACACUUUGAAUGUUCUGAAACAUGAAGCCAACCUAAAAGAUAGUGCUAUGGAAGAAAAUAAGGAAAGUACCCGUGCGCUCAAUAUUUCCAAUAACGAUGUUCCUGUUUUAACAACACUAAUUCGAACACUUGGAAAUAAUUUGGUUUCAAAUAAUCAAAAUGAGAAGAGUUCAAACGACAAUAAUAUUGUAAAUACCAAUUCUGCUGCAGUUCUUGCCAAGAUACCAAAGGUUGAGGAAGGUGGUGAGGACACUACUUACUUUUUGUCCAAGUGGUCAGGUCGAGAAUUUUAUCGCCAUGGAGGGCAAGUAACCGGUCAACAAAUCCAGCUUGAGUAUCUUAAAGAUUGCACAGUGUACGUAUUGGAUCCACUUGAUAGCAUUACAGUGGAUGAUUGUGAGGGUGGUGAACUUGUUAUUGCUGCUUGCGAGGGUAGCGUAUUUUUGCGUAACUGCAAGAAUAUGAUUGUACAUGUGGCUUGUAAACAGUUACGUACUCGUGACUGUGAAAAUAUCGAGUUCCGUAUAUUUACUUCGACCGAUCCCGUAAUAGAGGCAAGUCAUCAUAUAAUUUUUAAACCUUUUCACUUGCGACUUCCUGGUCUUAAUAAUACUUUUAAAGCUGCUCGUUUAGACCCCAAGAUGAACCGUUUUGUACAUGUAUAUGAUUUUACUGAGGAUGAUCAGAAACUUCCCAAACCACACUUAACUGUUGUAUACCCGAAUCAUGGACUUCUAAUGCAUGACCGUUGUCACGAUAAGGGUACACCUGAGUGCCCACCAGAAAUUGAAGAUCUUCUUGAGGGACGAAUGAAACCGGCUUCAAGUUCAGAAUCAGGCCAAAAUAAAAGUUAUAACAUUAAGACAGGUGCUCGCAUUUGGACAGAGGCAGCUGCAGAAUCCAGCGACAAAGAGGAUAAUGUUAAUACUCUUCCUACCACAAAAAAAGAAGUAAUCCCCGCCGUCAAAGUGGUUCCUGGAGUAACAGCAGCGGUGGAUUUUGGUACUGAUUCGCAGAAGAAGCUGGUUCCAACAGCGACAAGUUUAUCAACUGCAGUGAGAGUGGCAUCAGAGGGUUCAUACUCUUCAUUUGAUGAUGAUGAUGACCAAGAUGAUGAUAUGGAUGUAGAUGAGGAUGAUGAUGAUUUUUAG